AGCCGGAGAGGCGGCGGCGGGCCGAGCAGCCGGGCGGCUGGGAGCGGGCAGCGGCGGGCACCGAGCCUCCGGGGCCCUCUCUGCGUCUCUCCCCGGCCUUUGUCACCGCGCCCGAGGGCAGUGCGGCGGGGUGAGAGCCGGGGAGCGCUCCAGACAGCUCCAGGUCCAGCGGCCAGGCGGUGCGCGCCAGAGGGGCCAUGUCUCAUCAGGGCAAGAAGAACGUCCCGCACAUCACGUUGACCAUGUUGUUCCUGAACCUGGAUCCAGCCUUCUGACUUCCUUCGAGAAGUGGCAUGAAGCAGCAGAUACCAAAUCUUGCUGUGACUACUCCCUCCAUGUGGACAUCACAAGCUGGUACGAUGGUGUUCGGGAGGAGCUGGAGGUGCUGGUGCAGGACAAAGGCAUCAAUUCUUUUCAAGUCUACAUGGCCUAUAAGGACCUGUAUCAAAUGUCUGACAGCCAGCUCUAUGAAGCCUUCACCUUCCUUAAGGGGCUGGGAGCUGUGGUCAUGGUCCAUGCGGAAAAUGGAGACUUGAUAGCUCAGGAACAAAAACGGAUCUUGGAGAUGGGCAUCACAGGUCCGGAAGGCCACGCUCUGAGCAGACCCGAGGAGCUGGAGGCCGAGGCUGUGUUCCGGGCCAUCGCCAUUGCAGGCCGGAUUAAUUGCCCUGUGUACAUCACCAAGGUCAUGAGCAAGAGUGCAGCAGAUAUCAUCGCCAUGGCCAGGAAGAGGGGCCCCCUCGUCUUCGGCGAGCCCAUAGCUGCCAGCCUGGGGACCGAUGGCACCCACUACUGGAGCAAGAACUGGGCCAAGGCGGCGGCGUUUGUGACCUCCCCUCCCCUGAGUCCGGACCCCACCACACCUGACCACUUGACUUCCUUGCUGGCCUGUGGAGACCUCCAGGUCACAGGCAGUGGCCACUGUCCCUACAGUACUGCCCAGAAGGCUGUGGGCAAGGACAACUUCACCCUGAUCCCCGAGGGCGUGAACGGCAUAGAGGAGAGGAUGACCGUCGUCUGGGACAAGGCAGUGGCUACUGGCAAGAUGGAUGAGAACCAGUUUGUGGCUGCCACCAGCACCAACGCAGCCAAGAUCUUCAACCUGUACCCAAGGAAAGGGCGGAUUGCUGUGGGCUCAGAUGCGGAUGUGGUGAUCUGGGACCCAGACAGGAUGAAGACCAUAACAGCCAAAAGUCAUAAAUCAACGGUGGAGUACAAUAUCUUCGAGGGCAUGGAGUGCCACGGCUCACCUGUGGUGGUCAUCAGCCAGGGCAAGAUUGUCUUUGAGGAUGGAAACAUCAGCGUCAGCAAGGGCGUGGGCCGCUUCAUCCCGAGGAAGCCGUUUCCUGAGCACCUCUACCAGCGGGUGAGGAUCAGGAGCAAGGUUUCUGGAUUGCAUGGGGUUUCCAGGGGCAUGUACGAUGGCCCCGUGUAUGAAGUACCAGCCACACCCAAACAUGCAACUCCUGCUCCUUCUGCCAAAUCCUCACCUUCCAAACACCAGCCCCCACCCAUCAGGAAUCUCCACCAGUCCAACUUCAGCUUAUCAGGUGCCCAGAUAGAUGACAACAAUCCUAGGCGUACAGGUCACCGCAUCGUGGCGCCUCCCGGUGGCCGCUCCAACAUCACCAGCUUGGGUUGAGGGAAGACGAGCCAGCCGUGCUAGAGUGAAGGAUUCUGGGAAAGUGUCUGUUCCUUUUGCUGUCUGUGUUUGAAGCCCACGGUUUUAGUUGGUACUGAUGGGGGGAAACUGAGUGAUGCUCUUCCCUUCUCUGCUUAGGAAGAAGUGGUACUAGUGUGGUGUGUUUGCCUGGAAAUUCCUUGCCCCAGUGUGUGUUCAUGCCAACUCCACUCCAGAGCAUGGUGUUUUCAUUUUUACUUCCUAGCAACCCCCGCCCCCGGUUUAGCAUCAUCCUGUACUGUCCCUUCCACUUCUCCAUGACCCUCUGAGUGAUGGUUCCUUUGUGCCCUGUAGCUGUUCUAGGAUAGAUGAUGCAUGUUACCAAGUUACGUAAAUGAGUCUGAGCGCGGCUGAUGGACAUCGCCAAGGACUGACAUAGACACAAUGCCAAGAUCUUCGCCCCCCUGGGCGAUCCCCAGACUCUCCAGAGCCCCCACCCUGUCUUCACAAGAAAGAUGCCUUCCCCAUCCCCACCCCACAGAGAACUGUGAAUAUGCAGAAUGGCGGGGGAGCCUUCCACCCGGUCACAGAGCGCCAUCAGCAACCCCGUCUGUCAGCAACCCAGUCUGUGUGGCACCUGUAGUUCGCCAUGGUGUCUUUCUGGUCUGUGUGUACCUCUAAGCCAGCUCUGGGCUUCCGGCCCAGCCAGGCUCACACCCAGAAAGGGGUGUCCUCACAUCCCACUCAGGCCUAAGGACGAUGGGGUGAUGGCUGCGCCCAGGCUGCCUGAGUCCCGGUCCCUCCGAGGAGGUCAGCGGGGCAGUCAGAUUUUUAACGUUUUGUACAGUUUUCCUUUGUAAUCACCUCCAUUUUUACUUAAUAACUGACUUGUUGGUGGCUCUUAUUUCUGAAUUCAAAGCUCGUGAGAAAAUAAAAUAAAUUGC